CUUGUUGUUGUGGAUGCUACCGAGGAAUGACACAACAAGCUACUGCCCUUUUCCCUGCCUUGGAGAAAAAAUUUUCCUCCAUGUAUGCUUCCGCUCCGCCGGAGCUGGCCCUCCGGGAAAUUCUGCAAACCAAAUUCAGACACAGGUAUGGCGCCACGACGGGUUCAGGAACUUGUUCUCCUGGUGGCUGGUUCUAAGGCCCGCAACUAUAAGCUUGAAGCACCAUGCGGCUGUAGCCCAGCCUCCUCGGCAUGAAGCUAAUUGAAGCGGGUGGUUCGAAUCUUUGCUGUUUUCUUUCUUGCUCCGAUAGUUCUUGCGUAGAUUCGAGAAUGUGAGGUUUUAACUUAACUGAGCCUGAUGAAUAUCAUUGAGAAAGAAUAGGAUGUUUUCCUCUACGAUUCGUAGCUUGACUUCUGUCUUCGCCGACUGGUGUCUAUCACGUUCCUGCAUUAUUGUCUGGAAAUGUUUCUUAACACUCUAGCGUAGCAGCCGGGUCAAAUCGGGAUGUUUAUCAUCUUGCUCCACUGCGUUAGUAUGGCACUCUACUCGUUGUACACAAUCGAAGCCAUUUUGCUAGAAGAUCUGAUAACGAACCCGAGAUGAUAGGGGCGGGGCUAGACCAAGGAAGUUUUAAGCGCUCUUGUCACCGUAAUCAUGCUUUCGAAGAGCGGGUGGUUUCAUGAGCUCAGCUCGGGCUGUGAUGAUUCCUGUCAGUUGUGAUGAUUCCUGUGAUGAUUCCUGUCAGCUGUGAUCUUAUCCGAUUCUUGCCGAUUACCAGAUGGAUAAAAUUGGAGCCAGGCUGGAAGAUACUGUACCGUAUAUUGCUGUAUUAUUUGAAUACUUCGUACCGAUGGUAAUAUACCUUGAAUACCUAUUUUACCCCUGAGUGGAAACCCCUGUAUUUUCCCCCGACCGGGACGGAUACGUUGGAAGCAUCCACCAGUCGGUUGCAAGUCCACAUUCUCGGUAUUCUUGGAAAAGAACCGAGGAGGGGUUGGAGCAUCAUGUUGCAGCCCCUAGCAUUCGACUACACGGCAUGGCGCUUGGAGUCUGCUUUUUCAAAGGUUGCAUUGCUGGGGACAAGCAGUGCGACAACUCACCUGCUAUAGUCAACCUCCCUGGCUUCCCUGAAACUUAUUGGAUAAACCUGAGGCUGUUGCAUUCUUUCAUUCCGUUAGGCUUCCACGAUCCGUAUAUCAUUGCACAGCUAUACAGGCUAUCAUACGUUAAAAAUGAGCUCCUCCCCUGAGAUGCGCGAUUUGCCGCUCGUGCGGCUUCCAGAGCCGUACAAAACAAAAUAUGAACUGUACCAGGCUUCCUCAGGACCUAAUGGCAGGAUUUUCCAACUUCGACUGUCAAGCGAUCAGAAUAAUGGCGCCAUUCCCCCCCCGGAGCCGUUGCAUCACGACAUGCUCUACUUCAGCGAGUUGAUCCCCGGUCCUGAGGCUACCUUACCAGCCGAAUCAGAUAACACCGCUUGGGCGCGGGCUUGCCGCAAUAUGGUAUCAUUUGUGACUUGGGAUGGAGAGUCGGCACCAACGGUUGGCCAGCUAUGGACGAUGGUCUACGCGAUCUUCUCUAUGAGGCCAUCAGAAGAAUCCUUCCGACUUUCUCUGUCGGGCGCGCAGAAGGACCUGUUAUACGCCGAAUGCAAUGCGACGGGACUUUCUACGCAUUUCCCCAGCCCGGCUCAACCGCAGCCGUUGGGCAAAAUUGAGGAUAUUUUGGUUUCUAGAGCGGCCUUCUGGCAAGGCGCAGGUUCUCCACUGGGGACUCGGGCUGCAUGGCUUGUCCCAUCGAUUGAAGGAAGUGCCAGAAAGCAGCCAUCGGAAUAUCCAGCCUUCCCUCUUCAGUACACUCUGACAUCACAACUCACAAACCGGCCAGUCCAUGCGCAACAUCCAGUCCGGCCGGCAAAGCCUGCCCGUGGCGCACCGAUAUAUAGUAGGUAUAUUCCGCACCUAGAUGAAUUUUUCGCCAUGGAUCAUCUCGACUAUAGAAAUGAGACACAUCUCCAGCUGUUUCAUACUUGGCAGAAUGAUCCGCGAGUCGCCGUCAACUGGAAAGAGACUGGUACGCUGGACGAGCAUCGCGAAUAUUUGCGAAAGAUCGAUGAAGAUCCGCACCAGAUGGCGGUAUUGGCGCGAUUUAACGAUACUUAUUUCGCCUAUUUCGAGAUCUAUUGGGCUAAGGAGGACCACAUGGGCACAUAUUACCCUGCCCUAGAUUGGGAUCGUGGCCGACACUCGCUGGUUGGUGAUGCGCGAUUCCGCGGCCCGCAUCGGGCAACGGCAUGGUGGACCAGUCUGAUUCAUUACAUAUUUCUUGAUGAACCUCGCACGACAUGUGUAGUCGGGGAACCGAACGCAGCCAAUGGGCCCGUGUUAGGAUAUGAUGCCGCGCAUGGCUUCCACGUUCACAAAUGGGGAGACCUGCCUCACAAGAGGUCUGCCAUGGUGAGGUGCGAGCGGGUGCGGUUUUUCGAGGUGGUGAAUUUCGGAAGUGUGACUAGCAAUGGGACGGCGAAGCAGAGCAAAAGUAAAUUGUAAGAUUCGUAAGGCUGUUAGGCUGGGAUUGAAUUAUGGUUAAAUAGAUUUAUGUGAUUUAUUGUUCUCUGCUCUGUCUCCAUCCCGAGAUCUCUUUAAAAAAGUUGCCGUUUAUGUAAUCAGUAUUAACUUAAGUUAUCAGCCUCACCCAGCCUCAAACUUUGGAGCGUCUGGCUUCGGAUUGUCUCGUUUUGAAGACAGAGACCUGUUUGAAAUCCUGAGAUAAGUUCUACUUUGGACGAUACUGGAUACUUUCGGUCUAUAAAGUGUGUAUGCAUGUACAGUACAUUAUAUAUGCGUUAACCUGCACGCCAGUCCUCAACCAAUUUCUUUCCCAGAUCCCUUAGUAUUUGCUUUUGAAUCUUCCCGCUUCCAGUCUGUGGCAUAUCCGCCGGGAGUCUUGGAUCCAAGCCAAACACAAACACAUGCUUGGGAGCCUUAUGUCUUCCGAGCGUCUGCCGCGUCCAAUUCCUUAUUUCUUCCUCAGGUGGGCAAGUAUGCCCAGUUUUAAGCACCAAGAACGCGCUGACAACUUCCCCGUAAUGCUUAUUGGGUAGCCCAACCACUGCAGCUCGCGAGAUAGCUGGAUGUGCUGUGAGGCGUUCCUCAAUUUCGAGAGGAUAGAUGUUUUCUCCUCCCCUAAUAAUGAUGUCCUUGUAGCGCCCGGUGAUGCUGCAAUACCCAUCUGAAUUGAACACCGCCUCGUCACCAGUCCGCAACCAAAUCGUGCCAUCCUCAUCUUCUAGCAAUGUCUCGGCAGAUUUUUCUGGAUUGUCCCAGUAUCCUUUAUGAACUUGAUAGCCAGACAUACAGAGUUCUCCUCGCUCCCCAAUUUUCACAGUCUCCCCUGUUUCGGGAU